AUGGCAUGGGGAGGGUCCGUCAUAUCCCACAUCCUGCUAUCCCUACCACCACCACAGCUCUAUUCGAUGCAACCAUACAUCAAUUACCUCACCGUUCACUUCUUCCUCACAGCCUUUUUCCAACAAUUCCCGUCGGCCCUCAACCCACGUAUCCUCGACACCCUUCUCUUUCCCCUCGACGCAGCUUUAAGGGUCAACUCUAUAGCAUCGACAGUCGCUAUGCUGUCCCCCAUUUCCGCGUUUUCCGCGUCGAUCAACCCUCUGCUCGCUGGCUCGCCUCUGACGCAUUGUAUACUCGGAGCCGUGGCCUCGUCAGGCGGCGGCCAAACCGCUUCGAUGUUAAACGUCUGGUCCGACACCUGGUCUCUAUCCCCGCCAGCGUUCUUACGAGGAACUCCAGUACCUGGCUUGAAGGGGUGGUUCGUGGGGAGCUUGGACACAUUGGACGUUUGGGGCGGUGCCUUGAUUGCGGUCAUCUACGACGUCUUGACGGGACAUCCGGCGUUUCUUGGAUCAGAGGGCUUACACACCUUGUUGGAUUUUACGGAUCUCGAGACGAGCAAGUUUUUCAGUCCGUUGAGCGCGAAAGCUGCUUGUUGCAUUAUCCUAAGCUUUCUAUUUGGCAUACGUAUCUUCUGGGUCCAUCAUUGGAGUAUAGUUCCUCAGACAGUAGUACUAGUCAAGAAGAAAAAGUCCAAGGUUCAGUAG